GGGCGUGGCCUAGGUACGGCGGCCUGGGAAGGUCGCGAGUCUUCCUUGGGCGAAGCGGCGGGCCGAGCCCGGAGCUUGAAUGGGGACGGCGGAGCACGGAGCGGCCUGGGCCGCGGCUGACCCGGAGCCCCCCGAGGGCGGGCCCCUCCUCACGCUGGCCGAGGUGGCGAAGCGGAACACGCAGCAGGAGACCUGGCUGGUCAUCCAUGGGCACGUCUAUGACGUCACCCGCUUCCUCGACGAGCAUCCAGGUGGAGAGGAGGUUUUGCUUGAACAAGCUGGCAGAGAUGCCACAGAGAGCUUUGAAGACGUUGGUCAUUCUGUGGAUGCCCAGGAGAUGCUCAAGCAGUACCUCGUAGGAGUGCUUCAUCCGUGUGACCGUAAAACUGAUCCCUCCAAGGUUCCCAACAAAUUGCCAUUCAACGAAUCAAGUUUCUGGUCAGCCUGGCUGAUCCCCCUUUUUGGAGCACUGGUCCUCGGCUUAAUGUAUCGCUAUUAUGUGAUGGAUGGGAAAUCCUCCUGAUUUACCCCAGCUGAACCUUUAGAACUGGAAAGCAUGCCAUGCCAUUGCAAACUGUGGGAUUUUGCUAAAUUUGGGUGACAUUCUAGAUGGUCCUUCAUUUUUAAUGAUCAAUCAAUCCUGGGGUCUGCAAAGCCAAGCAGAAAUCUGGGGGACGCACUCUUAAUCUUUCUUGUAACUUCAGAACUUUGUACCAUUCUGUGUUAGAAGAUCUGUGUCUAGUUGUCAUAUGUGAGCGCCAUUUUCAUUCAGUGGCUUCUGGUUUGCUAUGGUGAAUGCCUCCCACCUGUGCCAGUCCACCCAGUAGUAUGAACUGAAGUUAGAUGGCCGGCAGUUGGCCUCCCUGGACAAGGGUGCCACCACCAGCAGGGCCUGGCGGCAUGCUUGGAAAUGGCAUCCUGCAGCUUGCUUGCUCCUGGGCGUCUUUCUGUGCACGGUUUUUGAAAUGGUUAGAUAUGUAUUUUUAAAAGUCUUCUGACUUACAUAGUUCUGUCUGACCAUUUGCCUUUUUAAUCUGCCUAUACUGUAAUAAAGGACUACCCAACUACUCUA